UCCGGUGACAGGGAUAAUGUGCAACUGAGGGUGAAAUAGUGUUUGGGUAGGAUCUGUAAAUGGAUGGGUUAAUCGCCAGUGGCUGUCCCUUUGUGGAGGAUAGUUUUAGUCGCUUCUCAUCUCAAAGCAACGUGUAUGGUUUGUGCAAGGCGGGUGAGCAGGACCUUCUAGCUGCCACGCUCAAAGGGAAGGUGGUGAACUUUAAGUACCAGGAUUUAAGACAGAAGAUCCGUCCUGUAGCCAAAGAACUCCAGUUUACCUACAUCCCAGUGGAUGCCGAGAUUGUAUCUAUAGAUGCUUUUCAUAAGUCGCCCCCUAAACAAGGUCUGGUAGUUGGAAUUACCUUCAUCAAGGACUCUGGAGACAAGGCCAGCCCAUUUCUGAACAUUUAUUGUGACUAUGAGCCUGGUUCUGAAUACAACUUAGACUCUAUUGCACAGAGCUGUUUGAAUCUGGAGCUGCAGUUCACUCCAUUCCAGCUGUAUCACACAGAGGUGUACUGUGGAAAUGAGAAAGAGACUGUCUUCCUUUUGAGUGGUCAUGACCAACGCAUUCAUCUUUAUAAGGAGAAUGCCUCUUUACACCAGUUUGAAGAACAGCCUAUAGAGAGCCUUUUCCCUGAACUACAGGACCUACCCAGCAAUGUUCUCAGGCUGCACAUGGUGAAUAUUUCUGGAUCACUGAGGCGUCUUACGGCAUUUGGGUGCCAAAAUGGAUGUGUAGGUGUGGCCCAUGUGGAUCAAAGCAGCUCAGUUGUUUUGCAGAGCUGGCGACUUCAGCAAGAUGGCCCAAUUUCCAAUGUUCUCCUGUUCAGUUUAAGCUGGAAUACAGAGACAAGGAAAACAAAUUCACAAAGAACUGUUGCUGAUGGGAAGAGAUCAGAGGAGAGGUUCAACUUGUUGGUGACCAGUGCUAUUGAAUUAGCUGUGGUAUAUAGAGAUGUACUGACCACAGGACUGAAUGAUCAAGUUGUUCUUCCAGAUAGUGACCAAUAUGAUGCCGUUCUUUGCUCACUUGUUACAGAUGUAGAUUUCGAUGGCACUGAGGAGAUUUUGUUGGGGACGUAUGGUCAGGAGCUCCUUUGUUACAAAUACUCAGCUGAAGCAGAUGGCCUGGAGUAUAUGGAUGGACAUUUUAGGCUGGCAUGGAAUAGAUCAUUCCAGAGUCCUUUGCUGUCACUUGCCUACUUAGAUUUGACAAGUGAUGGACUAUGUGAGCUUGCAGUUUUAUCACUCAAAGGGCUACAUGUUUUGCAGUACAGCCUCACUCAAACAGCAGAAUUUGUGAUACAGCGUCUCCAACAGAAGGUUAAGGAAGCCUCUUCUGAUAUGUUGGACAAAAAGGGAGAGACUGUGGAACAAAAGACAUUUAAUGUACAGUAGUCUGGGAAAAACAGCAGCUACUCACAGAGGAUUGUAAAUGUACUUGGAAACUGAAAUAGAUAAUUAUAACUUUGUUUGAUCUAGAUGAAUACCCCAACAGAUGUCUACAAGAUAAGAGGAGAGAUACAUUAAUGGAUAAUUAUAAUUUGGUGACUGAAGAGGUUGAGUUAACUGUCAUUUGCAUAUACCAAAGCAGGAAAGAAAGCUCAAGAUACAGUACUGCAGUUUAAAUCUCACAUUUUCAGUAACUUUCUGUAUAUAAUAGAAAUCCUGGAAAUGAGACAUCUGUUUGCUUUCCUUGAUUAAUCUCAGCUCUGUGUGCUGGUAAUGUAACUGUGAUUCAGCGGCUUUAUGUAAAGUAGGGAUGAUUUUUGGGUUGCUGCUGCUUAAAGUGAUGAACAGCACUUGGCAGAAGGAAUGUCAUGGGCCCAAAACAAAGGAAGGAGCUCGUAAGAAACUUUACUUAAACUGGCAUAAAAAGUUUACCAAUUCCAAAAGCCUCAUUGUGAAAAUAGGAAUGCCCAACCUGAGAAGAACCUAGGUGUUACUCAACACAAUACCCUGUCAAAAGUGUGUAUGAAAUGACAUAGCUUGAACCUAUGAAGACAAGCCUCAGUUGUUAUGUAUAGAAUGAAAGAGUUGAUAGAAGACAAGCGGAGCAUAUUUUAAACUCAGUAAAGAUUAGAGGGAGGUUCAAGUAAGCUACAUAUCGCAGAAAAAGGAAAAGCCCACUGGAGAAGAAGAAGGAGGAGGAGGAGGUUGGCAGUAUGUGAUGAUUAUAGUGUGUUGCCCUACCCACCACACGACAGACCACCUGAAUUGGGACCGGAGUGCAGUUUGUGACACCUCAGCACCACACUGAAACAGUGUGAGGUUUUUUACAGUGACUAGAGUGCCAAUCCCCCCACCAUGCAGUAAAGGAAAAAGAGUUAAAAAAAGGACUGUGAGUUAUUGGUGCACUGUGCUGUGCAGAAUUGAAAAUGAACGUGUGGUUUUGGACAUUGUGAGUCUGUCUGUGUCGAAGCUGAUCUUUCCACAUAGUCUUUCUUCUGAAAGAGGAGAGUUCAAACAUUUGUCCAAUAUUUGAUGGAAGAAGGAGCAGAGCACUAUCAAAGUGUGAAACAAUAGUAAUUUUAAUAAAUAUAAAAUCAAAACAAGGACAGGAUAGAGGAAGAGUAGACCAGGAAUUGAUGGAAUAUUUAAUCCCAUAGCAACAAACUGGUAACCAGAGAUCACAAUAUUAUGAAUAGGGAUGAAACCUCAAUGCCUUUAUAUCUAAAGGAGGUUGCUGUUGGGAUGGAUGGAAGACAAGCCUGUGGGAAAAGGAGUUUUAGGGGAGAAGGCCAGGUUUUUGCAGGAAUUUUGCACACGGCAGUGGCAAGAGUUUCAAGGUAUAGGGAGAAAUGAAAGCGCAAAGGGGACAGCACUGUUUGGCACCCUUAUAAAUGGGUAGUGCCUGGGAGAUGUUCAAGCUAGCACAUAUGUCUAAAGCCGAUGUUACAUUACAUGACCGAUAGAGAGGAUGUAGUCCUUAAUGAUUGCAGUUGCUGGAUUGUGUCAGUGUACAUGACUAGAAAUUGCUGGGCAUCUCGAAUUAUGUGACUGCACGAUGACAUUUGAGCACACAUUUUUAAAGAAUCGUGUCCUCACCCCUUUUUCUGACAGCCAGUAAUGUAUUGCCUGAUGGAACUGGUUACGGACGAAUGCUGCCAUCUUUUUCUUUUUCCCCUUUUUGAGGUGGGUUUGCAUAUAAUGCAGGGACCACUUACUGCAAAAGCCCUGUCUGUCUGUUCGCAUGAAGCAACUUGGCCCGGCAUUGACAGAUUUGACUGAAAUUUGUUAAGAUAGUUGAAUUUUUGUUGAAACCAUCUGUUAUACAGUAGCUCAUGCUGUACAAAAUUUUGAAUGCUGUAUUUCAAAUUUUCCCAUUUAAGAGUUUUGGCAGACCUACAAACUUAACAGAGAAACAUUCUGUGUGACUUCAACUCCCAAUUAUUUUACAUUAUUUUAUCUCAACGUCGUUUACUCCGGCUUGUAUAUUUUCCACCAGCUGCUCUGAUCCCCAAUUCAACAACAAGCAAAAGGAGUACAUGUGCAAUCAGUACAUACAGCAGUACCCUUCUUCUGCUGCUUUAAGUAAGUUAACCAUAAGUAAAAAAAAAAAAAAA